AUGACAGUAACAUACACCAACCGUGUGGCCGAUGCCCGCCUAGGCACCUUCUCACAGCUCCUGCUCCAAUGGAAAGGAAGCAUCUACAAACUCCUCUACUCAGAGUUCCUUAUCUUCAUCACUCUCUACUUCACCAUCAGUCUUGUCUACAGGCUGAUCCUGAGUGAGAGCCAAAGGCUGAUGUUUGAGAAGUUGGCACUCUACUGCAACAACUAUGCUGAGCUGAUACCUGUGUCCUUUGUACUGGGUUUCUACGUGGCUCUGGUGGUGUCCCGCUGGUGGGCACAGUAUGAGAGCAUCCCAUGGCCUGACCGUAUCAUGAACCUGGUCUCCUGCAAUGUGGACGGGGAGGACGAGUAUGGGCGGCUCUUGCGUCGCACCCUCAUGCGCUACAGCAACCUCUGCAGUGUGCUGAUCUUGCGCUCAGUCAGCACUGCUGUCUACAAGCGUUUUCCCAGCAUGGAGCACGUUGUGAGGGCAGGCCUCAUGACAGCAGAAGAACACAAGAAGUUUGAGAGCUUGAAUUCCCCCCACAACAAGUUUUGGAUCCCAUGUGUGUGGUUUUCCAAUCUGGCCGUGAAGGCACGGAAUGAGGGGAGGAUUCGGGACAGUGUGCUGCUCCAGGGCAUCCUGAAUGAGCUCAACACUUUGCGCAGCCAGUGCGGGCGGCUCUAUGGGUAUGACUGGAUCAGCAUCCCCCUGGUCUAUACCCAGGUGGUGACCGUGGCUGUUUACAGCUUCUUCCUGGCAUGUCUGAUCGGGCGGCAGUUCCUGGACCCAGAAAAGGCCUACCCUGGCCAUGAACUAGAUCUCUUUGUGCCUGUGUUUACAUUUUUGCAGUUCUUCUUCUAUGCUGGCUGGCUAAAGGUGGCUGAGCAACUCAUCAACCCCUUUGGGGAGGAUGAUGAUGACUUUGAAACCAACUGGCUCAUCGACAGGAACUUGCAGGUCUCCCUUAUGGCAGUCGAUGAGAUGCAUCAGGAUUUGCCCAUUCUGGAGAAGGACCUGUACUGGAAUGAGCCUGACCCCCAGCCACCCUACACCGCAGCCACUGCUGAGUACAAGCGCCCAUCAUUCCUUGGCUCAACUUUUGACAUCAGCAUGCAGAAAGAAGAGAUGGAGUUCCAGCCCCUGGAGCAAAUUAAAGAGAAUGAGGAGGCAAACCACUCCACACCAUUACUGGGACACCUGGGCCGUCUCCUGGGUGUCCAGUCACCCAGCUUCACCAGGUCCUCUUCCCGGAUGAAUCUGCUGCGCAGGCGAGGAGACCCCACAUCCCCCUUCUCCCAUUAUACGUAUCAAGACAUGGUCAAGUCUGGAAGCCCUUGCAGCAUCAACCAGCCAAGGGGAGACUCCAGCACACAAGAGCAAUGGGAUAGUGAGGAUGGAAAACUGAGGGAGUUUGAUGCCUUCAUAUCAACCCCAUUCUAUGAGAGACCUGGUUUCUACAGCGCUCCACAGACACCAAUCAGCUCCAUCCCCAUGAUCUUCCCUUCUAGACGUCAAGGCCGCAAGAAGCCCCCUGCACUCUCUAGCAUUGCUGCAUGCUCAACUUCUCUCCGAGAUGUCAUUACUAACUCACCUUCCAGGAUGAGCGAUACAUACAAGAGCCAGAGCUCUAUUGGCUCAGGUGUAAAGGAAACAUUUGUUUGGCCAACAGCAGAACGAGGCAAAGCUCCUGACUCUCUAGUGGUAACAGUAGAGGAAGAAAAGAACAAUUCUAACAAUAAAAGCAGAGAAGUUGCCACCACAGGAAGUCCAGGAGCUCAAUCCACUGCAUCAGAGAGCCCUAAAUUCCUCUUCCUAGCAGAGUCCCCCGACCAUGAAAAGCGGGGUAGUUUCAAGAGUCUGAAGAGCUUAAAAGGCUGCCACCCACCCUGGCUAACUGUGGAGAAUGCAGCAGCUGCCACCCCCAAUUCUGAUCAUUCAAGUGCUUUUCACACCCCCAGUAAAACACCUGGAGGCAGCGCCUCCCUCUGCUUUUCAUUCACUCCUGUGACUUCUCCAGUGCUAGAGAGGUCCAGCGUGGGGAACACAGGCCCUGAUGCCCCUGGCCUAAGUUCAGAAGAUGCAGCCAAUGCUCCAGACCAGCAUCCUGCAGAGCUUUCUGGGAUUGAAAGAGAUACUGGAAAGGGAAGCACUAACAUUCACCCUACAAAAGAGACAAGAAGAACAGAAAACCCUUCCCCCAAUGACUCUGGCAUCUCUCUAGCUGAGGGUGACUAUGUGGGGCUGAUGGAGGUGAUCUUGGAAACUAGUGAAAGCACAUGUGAAGAGCAGAUAGAUCAAUACAGCUAG